ACGCCAAAGCAGUUCAGCGCUAUGCAGCACUGGACGCCCAGCAGAUUUCUCGUUUCUCUGAUAAAUUGUCAAUAACUUUGCCCGUCGUUGGAUGCAGGUUGUUUCUUUUUGCCAAUAUUAUUUGUUGUGCAGCCCGCGCGUUCGUGUGUGUGAGUGAGUGUGUGCCAGUGUGUGUGUACGGGGCCUUGGAUUGCCCCCAAAUUACAAAGAUUGCAAAAGGCCACGGAGAAAACGGGCCCAAUAGAAAGGAAAAUUGUGCAAUAGUCGCGAAAAUCGAAGGACUCGCAGCAGGAAGACGACGAUGUGAAGCUGCAGGCGGGCGGUGGUCUCCUAAAAUCAAGUGUGAAAUCAUGUGCCUGGCGGAGCAACCGCUGAAGCAACCAAACCGGAGCAGCACCUUACCCACAUUCAAUGCGAAGUACAGGCGAAAAUGCCUGCUCCUCCUGACGCUGCUCCUCUUCCACGGCUGCUUCAGCGGACUGCACCGCGCCAGCGCCUUCAACUGCACCGCCCACGGCGGCCGCUGCCAGAACGACGGCCAAUGCCAGGAGGAUGGCCAGUGCCUCUGCGCCGACGGCUGGCAGGGACCGGAGUGCCAGUUCUGCGGGGGGAAAGUCCGCAUGUACCACCCCAUGGGCACGAUUCACGACGGCUGGGGCAACUAUUCGGUGAGUGUCAAGUGCAGCUGGCUAAUCGAUGCCCGGCAUCCGCACUGGAACCGCCGACAUAACACCAACCCGUCGCGAACCGCCAACAUACGGAUCCACCUGCGAGAGUUCGCCACGGAGUGUGGCUGGGAUCACCUGUACAUAUACGAUGGCGACAGCGUGGACUCGCCCCUGCUGGCGGUGUUCAGUGGCCUCAUGUACCGGGGGAACUUCUCCAUUCGUCGCGUGCCACAGGUGAUUGCGAGAUCCGGCACAGCCCUGGUGCACUUCUUCAGUGAUGAUGCCUACAACAUGUCCGGCUUCAAUCUCACCUACAAGAUGAACGGCUGUCCCUCGGAUAGCGAUGAGGUGGAGUGCUCUGGCCAUGGCAAGUGCCGCGAUGGCGACUGCGUCUGUGAUCCCAUGUUCAGGGGUGAAGCCUGCAACAUUGCCGCCUGUCCCAACAACUGCUUGGAGUCCAAAAACCAGGGCCAUUGCCGACUCGACCAGGAACGCUGCUCCUGUUACGAGGGAUUCGCAGGCGACGACUGCAGUCAGAUCAGCGCCCAUGGCGCCUGGUCCACAGUGCACCCGAAGCACUCGCCGGCGCCAGCGGGAAGCGCCUCCCAUGGCGCCACCGUCUGGCGCGACACACUGCACAUUGUGGGCGGCGAAUCUUACGGACGGGGCGAGCUAAUGAGCACCUAUGACUUCAACGGCAACGUGUGGGAGACCGUGCAUCCGGAGGAUGGCGGCGAGGUGCCCGACAAGCGAUACGGUGCCUCCACGGUGAUGUACGGCGACAAAAUCUUCAUGUACGGCGGUGUGGUCAAAGGCCAGGGCAUCACCAACGAGCUGUGGGCCUUCGACGUCUCGGCGCGAACGUGGGCAAACAUCUCGGUGCGACCGGAUUCCUUGUGCAAUGCGACGACUGGAGGAACCACCGCCAUGUGCGGACCACUGCACGUGGUGGGUCACACGGCAACGCUGGUGCCCGGUUACGGGGACAAGAACAACUACCAGUACAUGGUCGUCAUCUUCGGCCACUCGCCGAACUACGGCUACCUCAACACGGUGCAGGAGUUCAACUUUGGGUCACGCGAGUGGCGCAUCGUUCCCACCACCGGUUACGUGGUGAAGGGCGGCUACGGACACAGUGCCGCCUACGACUUCCUCACGGAAAAGGUGUACGUCUACGGGGGAAUAGUCUCCGAGAGCGAGUCUAGUCAGGUGCUUAGCCCGAGGCUGUAUGCCUAUGAGCCGGCCACAAGGAUCUGGAGCCUGUUGUCGGCGGCGCCCAGUGCUCGACUGCUCCACACGGCGAACUUUGUGAACCAGGGCCUAAUGAUGGUCUUCGGUGGAAACACGCACAACGAUACCUCGCAGAGCUACGGAGCGAAGUGCUACAGCCAGGACCUGCUCGUCUACGAUGUGUACUGCGACUCGUGGCACUAUCAUCCGAUGCCGGGCCACCUGCAGGCGGAUCUGGCCCGCUUCGGCCACAGUUCGGUGGUGUUCAAGGAGUCGCUGUACAUCUACGGCGGCUUCAAUGGCCAGCUGCUGAGCGACAUGCUGCGCUACCAGCCGGGCUACUGCAGCUACUACACCAAGCAGGAGAAGUGCACUUCGGCUCGACCCGGAGUGAAGUGCAUCUGGGAUGUGCAGAAGAUGCGCUGCAUUGCCAUCACGCAAGUCCAGCGAUCGGCCAUUUACGGGCGAGAGCAGUACGACUACGUGGCCUGUCCGUCGAAGAGCCGACUUACGCUCACUUCGGAGCUGCUGCAUGAUGUCCACCGCUGCCAGGAACUGGCCAACUGUCAGUCGUGCGUGUCCACCGCCUUCGGCUGCACCUACUGCGGCAACGGAGUGUGCAGCAAGGAGCGGUGUCGGGAAACCACCUCGAUGGCCUCCGUCUUUUUCGAGUCGUCCACGCAGCAGGCGGUGUCCACGGCCAGUCCGCCGCUAAAUGCCAAGCACCUGGACUCGUGCCCCAUCACCGAGGAUUACCUGGUGCACUCCGUGUGCGAACAGCUGCACAAUUGUCGCGCUUGUUCCGCCAACCUGGCCUGUCGCUGGGACUCGGAGCAGAAUCGCUGUCGCAGUUACUCUUCCGCCGGUGGAAUAGCCGUCAACCGGACGCAGGAUGAGGUGGCCUGCACGCCGGCCUGCGCCACAUUGACCAAUUGCCAGAAUUGCACGGAGGACGAGUGCAUCUGGUGCCAGAACGAGCAGCGGUGCGUGGACCGCAAUGCCUACACGGCCAGUUUUCCGUACGGCCAGUGUCGGGAGUGGACCACCUUUACGGCCAAGUGCCGAUCCGCUCCGAUGCAAUCGACGGCGCUGACUGUGGGCAGCACCACGGCGCUGUCGAGUGCGCAGUGUGGCUUCUACAACAGCUGCCAGAUGUGCCUGGAUGAUCCGGCCUGCGGAUGGUGCGACAAUGGCUCCAAUACGGGUCUGGGCCGGUGCGUUGUCGGCGGAGCACUGGCGCCCUACGAUGAGACGGAGUGUGCGCUGAAGCACUGGUUUUUCACGUCCUGCCCCCGGUGCAAUUGCAACGGGCACUCGUACUGCAACGACCAACAGCACUGCGAGCAGCCGUGCAACAACCUGACGACAGGAGUGCAUUGUGAGAAGUGCCGCACUGGCUACUGGGGCAAUCCCAUCAACGGCGGCAAGUGCCAGCGCUGCGAUUGCAAUGGCCAGGGCGUUUACUGUCAUCCGGACACCGGCAAGUGCUAUUGCACCACUAAGGGCAUUGUGGGCGAUCACUGCGAGAAGUGUGACUCGCAGAACCAUUACCACGGCGAUCCACUGAAGGGAUCCUGCUACUACGAGCUGACCAUCGAUUACCAGUUCACGUUUAAUCUGUCCAAGAAGGAGGACCGUCACUUCACGCAGAUCAACUUCCGGAAUUCGCCGGGCAAGCCGGAGAUUGAUGCUGACUUCACAAUUACCUGCAGCGUUCCGGCCAAAAUGGACAUCUCCGUGAAGAGGGCCGGCUCGCCGGACAUGCUCAUCCUGGUGGGGGUCAACUGCUCAACUUUCCGGCACCGCUUCCCCAAGACAGACUACCAGUUCGGGCACUCGCCCGACGACAACAGCUCCCUGACCACCUUUUACGUGUUCGUGCACGACUUCCAGCCACCCAUUUGGAUACAGAUCGCCUUCUCGCAGUAUCCCAAGCUCAACCUGCAGCAGUUCUUCAUCACCUUCUCCUCAUGCUUCCUACUCCUGCUGCUCAUGGCCGCCGUCCUGUGGAAGAUCAAGCAGAAGUACGACAUGUUCCGGCGACGCCAGCGGCUGUUCGUCGAAAUGGAGCAGAUGGCGAGUCGACCGUUCUCCCAGGUACUGGUCGAUAUCGAAAACCGCGAAAGUAUUGAUCUGAGUCUGACGCUGGAGGGCAUUGGCCAUCUGUCCAAGAAACGUAAAAAGGAAUGCCCCAGUCCCAUUGCAUUGGAGCCUUGCAGCGGAAAUCGAGCCGCUGUGCUCUCGCUUCUAGUCCGGCUGCCCACGGGUGGCCUUUCGCAAGCGCCGUCUGGACAGUCCGCUGGUCUGGCCGUGGCCAGCGCCUUAGUCACGCUCGGCAAUCCGCGUCGUCCGUCGAUCGAGCAGCAUCCCAAGGAGCCAAAGUCGAAGCGCAAGCAGAGCCAGCACCCAGACAGUUGUACAUAAUAACCGUAACACUAUGCUUACCUACAUAAAUUAAUAAUGAUAACGAUAAUGAUAAUAAUUAUGAUAAUAUGUAACUAGCGAAUAGGUACGAGUAUAUAGUAUAUAUUUGCCCCGACUUUCUUCUACUAACCACACACACACACACCCACACACACCCACACACACAAAAGGCAAGCUAGCAAGUUGAUAAUCCGCAGUUAUUAUUACUUUAAUUCAUUAUAGACUAGUAACGAAACGAAACGAAACGCGAAAGAAAGAAAAGAAACAAACAAAAUAAUAAUAAUUUUUAGCAAAAGGACAUAUUUAUAUACGGUUAUAUACAAUUUGAUAUAGUUGAUAGGUCGAGUAGCGUUGCAAUAGUUAUAAAUGUUUAAUUUAUUAUUUAUACCGCGUACGUGGGCUAAGUUCGAUGGCAACAGCUGUAUUCAAAUUAAUAAUGUAUUUUUUUUACUUAAUCACAUAGCCUAAGCGUGUUGUUAGAAUUUAUUUAUGCAAAUUUUGUACGCUGCCUCGGCAGUAGCUGCACCAAAAGCCGCGAUAGUGUCAGAGACAGAAACAAAAACGGAAACGGAAACAGAGUCGCUCGAGAAACAAAAAGACAUUCAAAUGAUCUUAACAAAAAAGUGAUGAACAAAACCAGAAGACAGACAAAGGCGAUAGAUACGUGUACAAGCCAGAGGAGCGAGGUGAUGGAGAAAUGCAAUACUGUGUUCAAUAAUAGAAAUAUUUAUGUUUUUAAAUAUCCGUGCAAAUAUUUACAACGCCAGACAUGAAUGAGUGGAUCAAGACAUAGACCGAAGAGAACAAAACAAUGCAAGUGUAAAUAAAAUACGUAAAUUAUGAACGCUAUUUAGAUAGUAGUUAUACAUAAACAAAUAGCUCUUGAUAUGAGAACGCGCCUAUAACAAAUCAAACGAUUAAAAUUGUACAUGCAAUCUAGAUGAGAUCCAACAUUUACCAAAAUUCUAAUUAAAUCACAAACUAAUCUUAAGGUUUCCUCUUGGCAACAGAAACAAACAAAGGAACAAACAGUUGACUACAGAGCAGUAACAACUCACACAGUUAAUUAACUCGAUAACUCAAACUAAGACAAGUCACACCAAUUUACUAGACGCACUCUCUGUAAUACAAAUCCAGGAAUGGAACAACCUCUAGAAUCAAACGACACUCGUCUUAAACUUUAACUAAUACCUAGAGAUCUUCUAAGUAACACAACUCUUCAAAGUACACGAUCGCUUCGGGUUUAGCGUUAGCAGACAUACAUUUGUAAAUCGAUUUAAUUUUUUUUUAACAAUCUAAUGAAGUCCAUCUAUGAAAUUUAAUUUCAAUUGUAAAAUGCGUUUAGAGACAUACACGUAAAGAAUAUAUAUAAAGAUAAAAGUACUUGCCAACCCAGUUCCAAACACCAAAGAAAUUGACAAACCCUUCGAAGACUUGUUUGUUAUCCCAGAAUUUAAAGACCCCUGACAGCAACAGCAGCAGCAAGAUAUACAUAGAUAAAGAAUCAUAUAUUAGUUUAUUAACCAAUAAAAAGACACUCCAAAUGUAAGCAAUGUAA